AUGUCGUUGCCAGCUUUCGAAAGAGCUAUCGAUGUGAGCGAUUUGGGGACCUCGGUACCAAGCACGUGUGGAAUGAACCAAAACACGGCGGAAAAUGUUGUGUCUCGUAACGGUAUCCGAAUUGAAAUCACACCGAAUCAACUACACCAUUUCUCGCAUUGCUCUAUUUACAACCAUGAUAACCAUAUGAACGGUUGCCCUCGCCUUGAACAAUCAAGUAGCUCUCAAAAUUCAGAAAUAUCGGAAAGUAACGAUCUUGCGAAUGUCACAUCGUUGUCCCCUCAUCCCUCUCACAAUAAUGUGAACUCAACGUCGCUUCUAGGGUCUGAGUAUCUAGAGGUGGAACCCCUUUCAACACCUGAGCAUGUUAGCUCGUUCAUAUCUACAGAAUUUCCAUCGCUUCAGCACACCACCUUAUCAACUAUCUCUCCAGACAAUUUUCAAUCGGAUACUUUUCAACAUCACACCACAAGAGAUUUUCAAUAUGCAAAUUUUAAUGCCUUGCCCAACUACCCAUCAUUCUCGGCUAGCCAAGAAGAUCCCCAUCGUCCGAACUUCUCGACUGUUUCCCAAAACAAUUAUGCUGCCAUGUUAUGUGUACGCUCAAAUCACGAGAUUGCAGAUGAAUUAUUUACUUUGAUACGAACAAAAUUGAUAGAGGGGGAGAAUGUCUCUAUGGAAUACAGACCUUCGCUUGUGAAAGAUUCUAUUCAAUUCUUCUAUCGCAGAUACGCGUUUGGCCCAUUAGAAACUUUAGAAUUCGGUCUUUCUAUUCGCAAGUCAAUUCGGGAUAUUCUUCUCAAUAUUCGGAUUGAGGAUAGGGAGGAGAAGAGCUCCUGUAUACUAGAGGUAGUUGAUGAAGCUUAUUAUGAAGAAGGAUGGCGUCUUCACAGCCCUGUGAAGAGUGGUCUUUCGAAUAAUGAUUGCAAUUUAGGUCAUGAUGCACAUAUUCCCUCCGAAACCCAAUCAACGACAUUUUCUCAAUCAUUUUCUGAUCCUUCUCCUUCUUCGAGCCAACCUUUCAUUAUCACAUUACCUUCAAGCUCUCGCUCAAAAAAACGUCCAACAAAGGAUCACCCCUCCACCGAAACACCAAGCCCUCAAUCCAAAAGACAACGCCCCACUUCCUCCAAACCCUACAAAUGCUACUGCAACAAACGAUUCACCUCUCUGAAAGCUCUCCGCAAACAUUCCAACACACACAAUCCCUGUCAAUUCAUCGCCUGUCCUGAACUCUCCUGCGCUCACCUAUCUCUCCGAAUAGACAGUAUAGAAGAUCAUCUCAAAAUACACCACGUUGACAUCUCCCAUCUUUCACCCUCUGAACGUCAUCAAAAACGCGAGGAGCUCAAACAAAAUACCUUUCUAAUACUAGAUUGUACGCACGAUCGAUGCGUCGUCUCAGGUUGCGAUCGAAUAUUUCCGAGAAAUGAGCUGGAUGGCUGCAAACGGAGUUUGGCUCAUAUUCUAAAUCAUUAUCGAGAUAAGAAUAACCUGCCGAGUUCUUUUAGACAUGUGUGCUCGGAUGAUGUGUCGUGUGGUGGUAAGGAGGCUUGGAGAAAUAGUGUAUAUGUUACCGGAGAACGGAUUUAG